AUUAAUAACCUCCUCCAGUGAGUUCAUGUAAUUUACCCAACGAAGGUAUUGAAAAAACCAUCCUAAAGAGGAUUCCUAAUUUCUCCACUCUCUUCUGCUGAACAAAUUGGCAUACGGGUUCUUUGUUUUCCGAUUCCAUGAUUCAAGUUACUAUUCAACUGCUGUCUACCCUUGUACUCAUCGAGCUACUCAUAGAGAUAGCACUGGCUCUGAGCCUCGUUUUCGAAACCCCUCUUCAGAAGCUUGCGAUUGCGACUCUGGAUAGGCUGAAUCAAGGGAGCCGCCGCCUUGUUAUAUUGACAACCGUCGAGGGGAUUUUGCUCGCAAUACUGAUCACGGUCCGUGACUUUUUGAUCCGUGGCGAUUCGGUUGAUCCGCUGGGCCAAUUUCUCGUCGCGGAUAAGGCGCUACGAGCGUCUCUUUUGGGAUUCUUGCCAUGCCUUUCAAUGAUGAGAGACAAACUUCACCAGCUUGUAAGGGAGCACAGUUCACUCAAUCAGAUGAUCAUAUCCGAAAAGAAGCAGCUAGCAGAAAGGAAACAUCAAAAUGCCGAGAGUCUCAAAGCCUUGGAGAAAGGGAUUGCUCCAUUAAAGACGAUGAUAAAAAAUUUAGAAUUUGAAUAUGAGAGAAAAGCAAAGCAUGCCAAUACUGCAAAAGCUAAGGAGAUGGCCCUAAUAAAGCAAACAGAAGAAUUUGAACUGGAAUAUGACCGUUUGCUUGAGUAUAAUGAAAUCCUCCGAAACCAGUUGCAGUCAAUCGAUGAGAGUUCGCUGAUGGGAAAUCCUAAAAGAGGAUGGUCUAGCUUGAAGUCCAACUUAUUGGGUGAAGGACUCAUUCAGCUUCCGUGGGGAACGCAGAACUCCAUUAAGAACAGUGGCGAAUUGGGCCCGGAGAUUGAUGUGCAAACAAGUAAUCAGAGUGCUCAGUACCUCUGUUCUGGUUGCCAUCAUGCAGGAUCAUUGCCUAGACACCGGAGGCCAAUUUAUCAGCAAAUGAGCUUUACACUUUGAGAAGGAUUCGUACAUAGGAUGCAUGCGGUUACAGUAACAUGUACAGCCCAUUAGGAAAAAGAAACAACAGGAGACGGAGAUUGAUGUGCAAACAAGUAAGCAGAGUGCUCAGUACCUCUGUUCUGGUUGCCAUCAUGCAGGAUCAUUGCCUAGACACCGGAGGCAAAUUUAUCAGCAAAUAAGCUUUACACUUUGAGAAGGAUUCGUAUAUAGGAUGCAUGCGGUUACAGUAACAUGUACAGCCCAUUAGGAAAAAGAAACAACAGGAGACGGAGAUUGAUGUGCAAACAAGUAAUCAGAGUGCUCAGUACCUCUGUUCUGGUUGCCAUCAUGCAGGAUCAUUGCCUAGACACCGGAGGCCAAUUUAUCAGCAAUUGAGCUUUACACUUUGAGAAGGAUUCGUAUAUGGGAUGCAUGCGGUUACAGUAACAUGUACAGCCCAUUUGGAAAAAGAAACGACAGGAGAACUAAGUAAUUUGUUUGGAUAGCUAAAAGAGGUGAGAAAUUGUGAUGAAGGAUGAGAAUUGAAGAAAAAAAAUGUGGAUUUUCAUUGGUGAGAUUUGUUGAGAAAUCACUCCUCUCUCUCUCUCUCUCUCUCUCUCUCUCUCUCUCUCUCUCUCUCUCUCUUCGAAGAGCCUAUAAAGGAAAAUGGAAGGAAGAGCUCGUGCGAGGGACUUCGGUAGGGCCUUUUGAUCGUUACUGUAUUACCCCUUCAAGAUUUGAAACAACCUAAAACAUGAUUUUCAUUGUUCAGGAUUUCUGGAAAUAUGGGGUGGGAUAUGUUCACAACCGUGACACCAGAAAAGGACUAGGAGAGUGGAUUUCCAGAAGAGGGGUGGCACCACUCUUGCCAACUUUUUCACAUUUUCUCCACACACAUGGGGAGAGGUCUAAAUUUUGACAUGGACAUUGUUUGGGCGAAGCACACUAAUGUUCCCACAACUUUUCGCGGUAUUUGCUCAUUGCUCCUUAGAGAUUCGAUAUCAUCAAUUCAAGAGUUGCACUUUCAUUUC